AUGUCGUCCCCUAUGAUGAGUUCAUCACCAAAGAAAGAAAUAUCCGAAGAAGAUGAGACAGAAGAUGAAUUGAGUAAAAAGCUAGCACAUUACACAUUAGAAGGCAAUUGGGAUGAAGUAAGGAAGAUGUACGAGUCAAAGCCAAAGGUACACACCAUAACGGUUAACAGUUCUGAGGACACGGCGUUGCACGUGGCCGUGGAUUUGGACGAAGAAGAAGUUGUUAAAGAUCUUGUGAAUGAAAUCGUGGCGCAAAACACGGGUGCUCUGGAGAAAGGGAAUGAGCACGGCGACACGCCUCUCCAUGUGGCGGCGUCAAGGGGGUUUGCGAAACUCUGCAAGUGCAUCAUAGCGGAGAGGAUAGAAUUGAGGAGAUUGAAGAACAAGAAAGGGGAGACACCAUUGUUUCUUGCUGCUCUUAAUUGGCACAAGGAAGCCUUCGCUUACCUCCAUCACACCCAUCAAAGCCUCCCCAUCACUUUUCCGGAGCUUGUCCGCCACCAUGACGGAGAUACCAUUCUCCACUGUGCUAUUAGGAGGGAGCAUUUUGAUUUAGCGGUGAUAAUACUGCAUUAUUUUGGUGAACUUGCUACCCUCAGCAACAACAAAAGGCUCACCCCUCUCAAAGUCCUUGCUACUAGGCCAUUGGCCUUCCCAAGUGGAAUCAAAUUUUCAUGGUGGAAGUUAAUCCUCUAUCACUGUAUACUUGUAGAACCAUUGGAUGCCGAAAGUAAAAUGAAAAAGUAUUUGGAAAGGAUGAACAAAACUGAACCCGAAGAAUUGCUUCCAGAGAAUUACACCACAUUAUACGAAUCCUCAAAAUCACUCAUUUCUGUUGGCAAAUUGUUUUUUACUUGGGGAAGUGAUGACAAGGUCGAUGAAGAAAAUCCCUCAGAAAAAUAUGAUGGAUUCUUUCCACCAAACUAUGCUGUAAUUUGCCAAGCUAUCAAAACUGCAUACGUGUCUUCUGUUGGUGUUUCUGGACAAGUGUUAAAUAAGGUAAGAAAGGCAAAGAAGAAUCACCAAUGGAGUAAUCAACUGUUGAAGACACUCAUGAAAAACGCUUCUGAGGCAUUCACUGGAACUGGCGGUAAACCCUCUGAUGAUUGGAAAGGUGACUUCGAGGAAAUAAAUGAUGCUUUAAAUCAACGACAGAACACGCCGGAAGCCCAUGAACAUCAUGAUGGCGACGACAAGGAGGAACACGAAGAUGACGACGAUGACGAGGAGAAAAUGACACCGUUCUUAGUGGCAGCAAAGUACGGCAUAGUUGAAUUGGUGGAAGAGAUUCAAUCUAGGAUACCAAGUGCCAUCUACAACACCAACUUAAAGAAGCGAAACGUGUUGCUGGUGGCAGUGAUAAAUAAGCAACCCCUUGUUAUUGAGAAAUUGAAGAACAUACUAUCGACUUCGAAACCAAAAGUUUGGGAGAACAUGGUGCUGGCAACAGAUUGUGAGGAGAACACAAUGUUGCAUUUGGCGGCAAAACAGCCUCUUGGCAAGGACAAGCCUUGGGGCAUAGCUGGCUCUGCUUUGCAAAUGAUGUGGGAAAUCAAGUGGUUUAAGUAUAUUAAUGAGAUUGUGCCGGAACACUUUUACUUCAGAAAUAACAAUGAAAAAAAAACCGCCGGAGAGAUCUUUGCCGAAUACCACAAAGAUCUCAUCAAAGAUAGCAGCGAGUGGCUGAAGGACACAUCGGAAUCUUUCUCCUUGGUGGCAGCGCUCAUUGCCGGUGUGUCCUUCGCUACAAGCAGCUCAGUGCCAGGAGGCAACGGCGACAACGGCCAGGCACCACUAGCCGGUCGACCGGCAUUCGAUACAUUUGCCAUCGCCUCCCUCAUUGGACUUUGCUUCUCCGUGACGGGACUGAUAAUGUUCCUGGCCAUCCUGACAUCUCGGAAAGAAGCCAGCGAUUUUCGUCGGAGUUUGCCGUGGAAACUCCUUGUAGGGUUGAGCUCACUCUUUGUGUCUAUCAUAGCAAUGUUUGUUGCAUUUUACUCCGGCCAUUACUUUCUCAUCCAACACAAGUACAGGACAUUGUUGUUUCCUCUUUAUACAGCCACUUCUUUUCCGGUGGCUUUCUUUGCCGUGGCGCAGUUUCCACUCUAUCUUGAUCUUUUGAUAGCCAUAGUCAAGGAGGUGCCACGCCCAAAUUAUAAAAGUAAUAAUCUGUUAUAA